AUGAACAGAAACGAGGAAAAUUAUCAUCCAAUAGACGCAGGGUUAGUCGGCUAUCCAACUGAUGAGCUACAGCUAACAAGUAUGCCAGGUCCCUUCAACGAGAGAGAUGCGAGGGAAAGGGCUUCGAAAGGUGAGCCUAAUCCAACAGAUAUAUACCUGUAUGAUCAUCCUCAGGAUGGUGAGCGGCAAGACACAGAAAAUGCUUCUAUAAGCCAUUACGAUGGAAAUAGAGAAGAUGAGCCAGCGGGGACGGAAAAUAAGCGACAAAAGACCCAAGAAGGCAAAAACAGUACUAGUAGUAGCCAACUACCUUUGGGCAGCUCGAGCGAGGUAGGGCUUACUUCAGAAAUUAAAAGCGGCAGAAAUUCAGCAAACAACAGCUAUAUUGAGAGCGUGGCUGAUUCACUGGCAUCAAUGGCGAACACGGAGCUGUCCAUAGAUCCAGUCGCGGGCGGGAGCACAAGCGAGGUGAAUGAAGUUGCAGAGCAGCCAUUCUACGUCAAUGCAAAACAAUAUUAUAGAAUUUUGAAAAGACGAUACGCGAGAGCCAAGCUAGAAGAGAAUUUGAGAAUUUCUCGAGAGAGAAAGCCAUACCUACAUGAGUCAAGACACAAGCAUGCAAUGCGGAGGCCUAGAGGUCAAGGAGGAAGAUUUUUGACCCUGGCAGAAAUUGAGGAGUUGAAAAACAAAGAGGGGUCGCAAUCCUCUACGCCUUCUGCUACUGAUACGCCAGGCGUUGGGAUAGAAGACGAAAAAAAGUAUGGUACCGAAACGAAAACAACAGCUCCAAUUCAACAAGAAAGCGAUAAGAAUAAACUUGCAUGCAUCAAGAAGAAAUGA